AACGUAAUCCUGGUAGCCAGUUGCAUGCAGAUUGAUGGAGAUCCGGCUUUAAUCGAGGCUAAAGAGUCUCUAAAAAAUUGAGAUUGUCGACAAGGAGAAAAAUAAUAUACAUGGCAAGAUAGAGGCGCGUGGAGUUGAAGUGUAAUUUGUGCAACGAUUUCGCAAGCUUGCGGCCAUCAAGUAAGACUCCUUGAAAUACAUCGUAUUCGUUACCGGCACGCUUGAAGCCGCAUCUACCGUGCUAUCUGGGAUUAUGAGCUGUGGCAGUCUUAACCUUUAAUGACAGUUUCGCAUAUUCAGGUCACAUAAGAAACACCAAAAAUGCAAACGAUAAAGUGUGUUGUGGUAGGCGAUGGAGCAGUUGGUAAAACGUGUCUCUUGAUUUCGUAUACUACAAACAAGUUUCCUUCUGAAUAUGUGCCUACUGUUUUUGACAAUUAUGCAGUAACUGUGAUGAUAGGAGGUGAUCCAUAUACAUUAGGAUUAUUUGAUACAGCAGGUCAGGAAGAUUAUGAUAGAUUGCGUCCUUUAAGCUAUCCUCAGACUGACGUGUUUCUCGUAUGCUUCUCGGUUGUGUCACCGUCAUCAUUCGAAAAUGUAAAAGAAAAGUGGGUACCAGAAAUAACGCAUCAUUGUCAGAGAACUCCAUUUUUACUUGUCGGAACUCAAAUUGAUUUAAGAGAUGAUGUCGCAACAACAGAGAAACUUGCAAAGAACAAACAGAAGCCAAUAUCUGGCGAACAGGGGGAAAAACUUGCUAAGGAACUCAAGGCUGUAAAAUAUGUAGAGUGCAGUGCUCUGACGCAGAAAGGAUUGAAGAAUGUAUUCGACGAAGCUAUUUUAGCUGCAUUGGAACCACCCGAGCCAGUGAAGAAGAGGAAGUGUAUACUUCUGUAAGGUGACAAAAUAUUGCCAUCGAUGGAAUUCAUGCCCGAUUUCAAAACGACAUUGUAGUACCAGGCGACGAUCUUGUGUGUAGUAUACUCUAUAUUAAAUAGAACUAAAUUUGCCUCUCUACGAGUUCGUAAUCGUAUUCGAAAAGGAUAAGCAAAUAGUGCAGUCGACUGCAAAUACAUUCCACGAGACAUUGAGGCGAUAAUGACUCUGAGUUUAUAAAGCCGGAUAAAACUUUUCUAUCAAAUAAUAACGAUUGUUUUUUCGAGGAAAGUUAUUGCACAAAGCUUUCAUUUUUCCAAUACGACUUUCGAGAAAGAGGCGAUUUGGAAGACGCCGGGAAUUUUCAAAUAAAUCUUGAAAUCUCGUUCUAAACUCGUUGACUUUACACUUAAUAGGAACGGAGAUAUGGAGAAACAAAUAAAGAUUGGUGCUAUUCAACAAUAUUUUUUUAAGUCGAAACAUUUACCGAGAUGAGGUAUCUGAGUCGCAUUGAUAUCUGAUAGAGUACUCAUUUGAGUAAUAGGAGUGUUUAAAUAUCUUUCGCUAAAACGAUGAUUGUUUCAAUAUGUAUUAGAAUGAAAUUUCCGUUCUUGGCGACGUCAGUAUUAGGAGCUCUAUGGUGAAUGUAUAAAAUGAUAAGUAUCAUAGCAGUAUCACUAGAUAUAUUAUCAAUUAUAUGUGACACAAAAAGACUACUACUAAUUCUAACAACCUAUCUUAUUAUAAAAUAUCUUUAUUGAUAUUGGAGGCUCUUAUCGCGCACUGCAAACUUAUUUGGAUAUUAGUAUAAUUUCAAAAUGGAAGUUACUAUAAUGAGUAAUUUUAUCAUUUGCCCUUUUUAAAGUAUUAUCGCAAAAAUUCUCUAAUAUCAAUAAUAUUAAUAAUAAAUCUUCGAUCACAUCUUUUAAAUUAUACACGGCAGCUAUCUUGAAGAGGGAAAGCUUUCGAGAAAAAUCGACCAAUUUUUUUGUACAUCUUUGAAAGCUGUUUUCCUAUAUAGCAAAGUAUUUUCAGUAACUUUACAACCAUUUAAUAAAUCAGAAUUAAAGAGCUUCUAAACACCAAUGUUAGCCUCCCUUUCAGUAACUGUACUGAAUGCGUUUAGUACAUGAUGGAAAGCUUUAAGAUUGCUUAAAUAAUCAUAUGAAGGAAGAAGGAAGAAAAGAAUUGCCUGCAGAUGGGGGAGAAUAAGAUAUUUGGGGAGUAAAACAAUGGCACGCUGUACCGAUUUUGGACAACGUAAACAAUAUUUAAGAUUCCCAUUAGGAUUGUAUACACGAUUUCUUUCAAUUAUCAUAUAAUGUUACAUGCAACGAAUUUAUAAGCGAUUCAUAUCCAGCAGUAUGCGACCGGCUGAUUUUUUGUAACUGUCUGAAUUUUCGCAUAUCGUUAGUACUAUUAACAUGAUGCUCGUUGCAAUGAAUUCGAUAUGUGAACAUCGAAUGCAGGGGUUGUUGGGAGAAAAAGCAUUUUAUCAAAAAGGAUUAAUCAACUUUUACACUAUGGAUUCAGUUAAAGGUAACAGCAUUUAUUAGCACUAUAAUGUGUCCUAAUAUAUAGACACGAUCAUGUAACGAAAUAUUCGCAUAAAUAUAUUUAUACCAUGUAUAUGA